CACCAUGGAGACGGCGUCCAAGAGGCGAGGCUGCCUGACCGGAACAGGAAACACGUAAGGCAGCAGCGUCCCAGGGACCGGAAGCAAUAGGAUGCCUCGUGGUUUGUGAGAGACGGGCUAGCUGUCGUUAUUCCGAGGGUUGGUGGGAUCUGAGUCAAAACAACCCAAAGCAUCAAGUGCAAUGCCUCAGGUGGAGAUGGACCAAGACAUGUCAGCAUCAUCAGAUUCUGAAGAAUCUCUUAUUACUGAUCAAGAGCUGCAGGAGGCGUUUUCUAAAGGCUCACUAAAGCCAGGCCUAAAUGUUGUGCUAGAAGGACGGCCAAAACCUUUCAACAAUGUGAAUGGAUUGAAGCAGUGCCUGUCUGAAUUUCAGAGGCACCUGGCCUGGGUGGAAAGGCUUGAUGUUACCUCUCACCUGGCAUUGAAUGCCAUUUCUAGUCAAUUGCCCAACAACGAUACUGUCAAUCCUGAGGAUGACUUCAAGAGAGAGAUGAGCUUUUACCAUCAGGCCCAAACAUCGGUUCUAGAAGCCUUACCUCAGCUACAUCAGCUCAAAAUCCCUACUAGACGACCUGAUGACUAUUUUGCAGAGAUGGCAAAAUCUGAUCAACAGAUGCAAAAGAUUCGCCAAAAGUUGAAGAGCAAGCAAGAAGCAAUGGAAAAGUCUGAAAGGGCCAAACAGCUCCGUGCUCAGAGAAAAUACGGCAAAAAGGUACAAACUGAGGUGCUUCAGAAGAGGCAGAAAGAGAAGUCCACAAUGUUGAGUGCAAUUAAAAAAUACCAGAAAGGUCUUUCAGACAAGCUGGAAUUCCUUGAGGGGGAGCAACAACCAGCUUCUCAGGGCAAGAAGAAGGAUACAACUGGAAACCAACUGAAUAAGAAAGGACCAAAUGCCAAACGACGCUACAAGAAUCAGAAGUUUGGUUUUGGUGGGAAGAAGAAAGGUUCAAAGUGGAACACUCGAGAAAGUCACAAUGAUGUCUCCAGUUUCCGUGCUAGUGUGGCUCACAACAAGGGCUCUGGGAAAGCAGGAAAAAGGGGUGCCAAUAAGAGGCCUGGCAAAAAGAUGAGGCAGAAAAUGAAGAACCGUUCCCGCUGAGAAAUGAAAUUAAUAGACUUUUCUUCUUUGUGAGGUCUGACUUGCUUCUAGAAUAAAGGCACGUAGCCGUGAUUUGAGGUUA